AUGGAAGCUAUAGAACCUAACCAAGCCUAUGAGAACUUUACCAACAAGGACGAUCCAGCAGGACAAUUUGCUUUCAUGGAGAGUGAAUUAAAAACUGCUUCGCAGUGUCGCAAAACUCCGUCGAGCAACUGCACUCAUACUGUUCAUAUCGUGGCUCAUAUUGCUCCUGGU